AUGCUUGCUUCCAACGGCCGCUCAGAAACCAUCCAGCAAAAACGCCAAAGGAUUUACGACGCCAUAGAUUCCGCCACCCCAGAUCGUCUUCGCGCCAUCUUGAAGAAAGUAGUGAAUGAGCAACCUGGCGGCCUCUCCCUCGUCGGUGAGGAGCUGCUUCUCAGGAAAGGCCAAUCAAAAGCAUAUACUUUGCAGAAUCGGCCUAAUGGAGCGGGUCAUGGUGAUGAGGAGCAGGACUCAUCGGACUACUCUGAUGCUGACGGGGACGAUGCUCCGAGGUCCAAGAGGAAGAGCACGUAUUCCCGACAGAGGUUUGAGCAUUGUGUUCAGUGUGAGAAAGAGUAUGAUGUGACGCAGAACGGGCCGAGGAGCUGUCAGUGGCAUGACGGAGAUGAUGAAGUCGACGAAGAACAGGACUUCUGGGCCGAUCACGACGAGGAUUGUCACGGUGAGAUCGAUACUCCAGAGAUGCGCAAGUUGUUUCCAGAGGGGUUCAGAUGGACUUGUUGUAACAAACUGGGUAACGAUAAAGGAUGCAAGAUCACGCCGCAUCGACCGGAUCGCAGUAAGAGGGUCAGGAGGUAG